AUGGGGCAGGAAGGGGCUGCUGUCAACCCCUGGGAUCUGGGGGUCAUCGGAGGCUACUUCGGCCUAAUCCUCGCCAUAGGCCUGUGGUCCCUCCGUCGUGGUGGCCGAGGCACUGUCAGUGGCUACUUCCUGGCUGGGAGGAGCAUGGCCUGGGGCCCGGUGGGGGCCUCGCUCUUCGCCAGCAACAUCGGCUCGGGGCACUUCGUGGGGCUGGCUGGGACCGGGGCCGCCGGCGGCAUCGCUGUGGGGGGCUUCGAGUGGAGUGGCAUGUUCAUUGUGCUGCUCCUGGGAUGGAUCUUCGUCCCCAUCUACAUGAGAGCAGGGGUCAGCACCAUGCCGGAGUACCUGGGGCUGCGCUUUGGGGGGUCCCGGAUCCGCCUCUACCUGUCUCUGCUCAGCCUGGGGCUCUACGUGUUCACCAAGAUCUCAGUGGAUAUGUACUCGGGAGCCAUCUUCAUCCAGGAGGCCCUAGGCUGGGACCUUUACGCCUCGGUCGGGGCACUGCUGGGGGUGACAGCAAUCUACACUGUGACUGGGGGCCUGGCUGCUCUGAUGUUCGCUGACCUGCUCCAGACUCUCAUCAUCGUUGCUGGAGCCUCUGUGCUGGCUGCAUAUGCCCUGGGUGCUGUGGGGGGCUAUGAGGGGCUGGUUGAGCGCUACCCCCUGGCAGCCCCCCAGAACCUGACGGGGCCCUGCGGGAGGCCUCGACCUGAUGCCUUCCACCUCUUGCGGCAUCCCAGCACUGGGGACUUGCCCUGGCCUGGCCUCCUUCUGGGGCUGGGAAUCAUCUCCGCAUGGUACUGGUGUACAGACCAGGUGAUUGUGCAGCGCUGCCUCGCUGGCCGCUCCCUCAGCCAUGUCCGUGCCGGCUGCGUCGUCUGCGGCUACCUGAAGGUGCUGCCAAUGUUCCUGAUGGUCCUGCCCGGCAUGGCCGCCAGAGUCCUCUUCCCGGAGGUGGUUGGGUGCGUGGACGCCCAGCGCUGCCGCCGCGCCUGCGGGACCCCUGCCGGCUGCUCCAACGUUGCCUAUCCGCGGCUGGUGGUCACCCUCCUGCCCCCUGGCCUGCGGGGCCUGAUGCUGGCUGUGGUCCUGGCGGCUCUGAUGUCCUCCUUGGCCUCCAUCUUCGCCAGCGCUGGAGCCCUCUUCACCCUCGAUGUCUACCAGAAGUUGAGGCCCCAAGCGGGACCCAAACAGCUGCUGCUGGCUGGAAGGUUGUGGGUGUUGGCCAUGGUGGGCCUGAGCCUGGCCUGGCUGCCGGUGGUGGAGGCAGCUCGAGGGGGACAGCUCUUUGACUACAUGCAGGCCAUCUCUAGCUACUUGGCCCCACCAGUGGCUGCAGUUUUCUUCUUGGCUGUCUUUGUCCCCCGGGUCAACGAGCCUGGAGCCUUCUGGGGCCUGUUGGGUGGCCUGGGGCUGGGCCUGGUGCGAUUGGUGCCGGAGGUGACCUUGGGGACAGGUUCCUGCGGAGCUCCUGGGGGCUGUCCUCCUGCCCUCUGUGGCCUCCACUACCUCCACUUUGCUGUUGUCCUCUUCCUGGCCACUGGCAUCAUUGUCCUGGGGGUCUCCUUCUGCUACCCACCCAUCCCCCGCCACCACCUCCACCGCUUGGUCUUCAGCCUCCGCCACAGCCAAGAGCCUCGGAUUGACCUUGGCCAGGAGGCCACCAAGAAUGGACCUGGGGAGGUCCAGCUGCAGGAUGUGGAGGCAGAGCCUGCCAGCCCAAGGUUGAAUCCGCUUGGUGGAGGGGUGGAGCCAUCAGGGAUGGGGGGCGUGGCCGCGGCCUCAGCCCCCUCCCCAGAGGAUCCUCUCUGGAGCCGAGUGGUGAACAUCAAUGCCCUGAUCCUGAUGGCUGUGGCUGUCUUCCUCUGGGGGUACUUUGCCUGAGGAUCACCCCCAAAAUUGGUCUGAAACAUCCUCAGAUUGGGCAAAAAGACAUCAAGGGACCCAAAUA